ACCGCUCUUCAGUUUCAUCAUCUCCCACAUAUUACAAACUGUAGCAGAAAUGCAGGUUCAUAUAACUUCAAGCCAAAUGGUUAAGCCUUCUUCCUACAAACUUCACCUCUUAAAGCCAUUCAAGUUAUCGCUUCUGGACCAACUGAGUCCAAUCAAUUAUGUUCCACUCAUCUUAUUUUACGCCAAACCUCACGAUUCCCUUAUCGAGGGUUCGCAGGUCUCACAGCAGUUAAAACAAUCACUGGAGAAAGCGUUGGAUCAGUUUUACCCUCUGGCUGGCCGGACAAAGAACAACCUUUUUAUCAGUGACUACGAUGAGGGAGUUCCAUAUGUUGAAACCAGAGUGAAUGGACGCUUAGCUGAUUUCGUUGACCAAAAUGAAGUGCUGGAGGCAAUGAACCAGUUGCUUCCUUAUCGACCCUUUUGCUAUGUUUCAAACUUAACAGCGCCUCAACUGGCUAUUCAAGUCAACGUCUUUGAAUGCGGUGGGAUUGCUGUAGCUGUUUGUUGUAGUCACAAGAUCUUUGAUGCGUCAACCAUUUCUGUUUUCUUGAAUAGUUGGGCAUCUUUUAAUCGUGGGUCUAAUGGUGAAAUACCAAAUCCCAAUUUAUUACACGCAUCGUCGAGAUUUUUCCCUCCAGUCGAGUCCAUGCCGCCAAACACCAGAAUCGAAGGCCUCUUGUUUAACCAAGGCAGUCUUAAGACAAGGAGUUUCGUGUUCGAUGCUAAUGCAAUCGCCGCUCUGGUUUCCAAAGCCAAAAGCAACAGCUUGGAACAUCCUUCCCGAGUUGUAUCUCUCAGUGCAUUCCUAUGGAAACAUGCCAUCCAGGCUGCUCGAUCAGCUUCGAGAACUCUAAAGCCAGCUAUUUUAUCCCAAGCAGUGAAUAUUCGACGAAGACUGAAACCCCAAUUACCAGAUUAUUCAAUUGGUAAUCUGUUUCUAUUGCCAACUUCCACAUAUAACUCAGUUGAGAACGAUAUAAAGUUAACUGAGCUGGCUUAUCUGGUCAGAGAAGGAGAGAAAAGUGUCACUAGUGAUUUCCAGGACCUUCUCCAAGGUGAAGAAGGAUUUAAAGUUAUAACAAAGGAACUCGGUGAAAUAGCAGAAACGGUGUCAAAAGGAAAUGCAGAAUUUUAUACUUUAAGCAGUUGGUUGAAUACUCUGGAUGGAAAAGAAGAUUUUGGGUUGGGAAAGCCGACCUUGUUUAGCAUCCCAGGGGUCGAUAGCCAUAAUCAUGAGUUCAGCAAUUGCUUUAUUCUAAAGCAAGCUAUGCAGCACAACGCCAUUGAAGCAUGGAUUACUUUAUCCGACAAAGACAUGGGUUUUUUGGAACAUGAUCAGGAAUUCCUCACAUUUGCUUCUCCAAUUAGACUCAAAUUUGACAAGUUUGAAGACUUGGAAUCUUGACCGUUUAUAUUCAAGUCUCAUAUUGGUACAAUUUAUGUCCAGAGAAUAUCUAGAUUUAUUUUUAUUUAAAUCUUAUAUUUAUAUUUGAAAGUAUUUCCAUCUA